CAACCGCUCGGACCGCACCGCACCGCGCCGCAGACACAGCCUCGUGACGCAUUCGCUCGCGCGCGGCGUUGCUCCACCCCGCCACCCGUCUCCGGCGAUCCGCGCGCGCAGGUCGCCAGGCCCACCCGGAGCGCAGCGAGGCCGAAGCAAGUCCGCUAGGGGGAGGGAGCUCUCAGCGCCGGGGGAGGCGUCGCCACCGUCUCGAGCGAGAGAUGGGGCUCACGUUCACGAAGCUGUUCAGCCGCCUCUUCGCCAAGAAGGAGAUGAGGAUUCUGAUGGUUGGGCUCGAUGCCGCCGGUAAGACCACCAUCCUCUACAAGCUCAAGCUGGGCGAGAUCGUCACCACCAUCCCCACCAUCGGAUUUAACGUUGAAACUGUUGAGUACAAGAAUAUUAGCUUCACUGUUUGGGAUGUCGGUGGCCAGGACAAGAUCAGGCCCCUGUGGAGGCACUACUUCCAGAACACGCAGGGACUCAUUUUUGUUGUGGACAGCAAUGACAGGGAACGUGUUGUUGAGGCUAGAGAUGAGCUCCACAGGAUGCUGAAUGAGGAUGAGCUGCGUGAUGCUGUGCUGCUUGUGUUUGCAAACAAACAAGAUCUUCCUAAUGCCAUGAAUGCUGCUGAAAUUACUGACAAGCUUGGUCUGCAUUCCCUGCGCCAGCGGCACUGGUACAUUCAGAGCGCCUGUGCUACAUCUGGUGAAGGGUUAUACGAGGGGCUUGACUGGCUUUCCAACAACAUCGUCAGCAAGGCUUGAAGCUUUUUGGCAGGGCUCCCAGGAAGAUGCCUGAACAACUUACUGCUGUCGUUUUACAUGUUAUAAGAUUAUACACUCUACAAUAGAUAGUGUGGGUGCUUGUGAAGGAAAAGCUCUGAGCUCUCUUUUGUGGGCCAGUACCAGAUUGUUUUGUUUUGUGUGGGCGCGGGUAUCAUCAGUGCCUGUUUGGUUUCACAAAAUCUACUGUGGCCAUCCAAUGUACUUAUAUGUUCAGAGAUGGUGUUAUAUGUUCAGAGAUGGUGUGGUAAAUUAAUUUGACACCCUUUGCCAUA